AUGUUCCGCCAAGUCGCCACCCGUCUCCUCUCCCGAUCCACUAUAACCGCCACCGGCAGGGCUAAAGCUCGCCCAUUCUCCACCGACCUACCGGUGGCUCCGGCGGCCGAUGAGGCCUUCGUGGAGUCAUGGAAGAAGGCGAUGCCCAACAUAGAGCCACCCAAGACUCCUCUUGCCUUCAUGGUGCCCCGCCCUGGGACUCCUUCAUCGAUCCCUACUAAGCUUACUGUCAACUUUGUGCUUCCCUACGCGUCUGAGCUCUCGGCCAAAGAGGUUUAG